AUGGCCUCCAUGAAGCCACUCACCGAAUAUCACAAAUACUCAGAUGGCGUGGUAAAACGCAAGUGUCUUAGCAAAGAGGAUGGUCAGUCGAUCUCAGAUGGCCUCCAGAAUCACAAACCACUGAUGUCCAUUGUGGCCUUAGGACACGUUUACUGGCACAGACAGGGUACCAAUGAGUACCAAAGAUUUCGUUCUGACAAGGACACUUGGCCAAACACGAAGCCGAGAAGCGUUCCCGAAGAGCAGCGCCGUGGCAGUCGAACCAACGAGAGAGCUUCACGAUUCAACGUCAGAGAGAAGUCGGCGUCGGCGAGUGAGCGAACAGCCAGUCCCUACCGUCAUUCUCGGGUGCAUGAGCAAACGUCUUCACCACCCAGAGGCUACGAGGCGCGACCUCAGCAACAAGAAAGGUAUGCGCGGGAUCCACCAUCUCAUGGGCCAAGUCAUGCCAAGUCACGUUCACCAUCGCCAGAUCGACAGUACGCAAGUGCGGAUCUUGUCAGUCGUCCUCAACAGCCACCUCGUCGACUGUUUGAUGCGCAUGCCGGUAGUUCUAUUGGUCGCCAUUCAGUAUCUGCGCUCGGAUUACCUGAGGAUGUGCUCGACUUCAUCACCAUCCCCUUGAAUGACUUCAAAACAUGCUCAGUGUUUAUUUCGCGAAAUCGGAACUUUGUUCCGUCUACUCCGCUCAGCUGGCUCGAUGAUGCUGCACUUGAAGCAAUGAUAAGUAGAAACGUCCCUCUCGGGUCUCGAUGCAUACAGCGGCGUGUUAUCCUUAACCAGUGCAAGGGUACUCCGGAAUCCCAAUGGCAACCCUGGUUAAAGCUGCUUAUUGAGAAUAACCCAAGGGCCCUCAAACCGUUCUUUGAGACUUGUAAUCGUGUUUCGGCCACCUUACAGAAUAAGUUGGAAUCGCAGCCAGCCUCUGAUCAUCAUGGUGCAGGAACUCUUCCAAUUUCGAGCGUUAAGCCCCCGACCAUGUCGACAUAUCCGCAAAUGGCUCCUUCGGCUACUAUCACGUCUACUAGAGAAACUGUGAACAUUCCUAAAUACCCCAUAUCUUCUAGCCCAUUUACUUCAACUGAGGCUGGGCUAUCUGCAAACUCUCCACCCAAAGGCAUGGUCUCAACAUGGCACCCAAUUCCGUCUCCCAAUGAGGAAGCCUUCUACCCUCAUGGCAGUGUUAAUUCCCGACCUAAAGGCACAAGCCCCAUUGGCCAAACGUGGCAAUCAAAUCAAGCUGCCGGCGAGCCUCCUCAAGCACCUGGUUUCCCUGGCUCCGAGUCAGAAGAGAUGCUCCCAUCAGAAAAAGCCUUCAGUCCCUCCCAUCAUAGCAACAACGUACGCCAGCCAAACAUCCCUUACUCAAGUGAACAAAUCUCUUCAGAGCAUUAUUCAAGACGGCCACUUCGACAUAGUCCUCCCGGUCGGGGAGAAGGCUUCCCUUCAAUUCCUACGAACUCAAAUCAGCCACAAAUAUCUAGUGAAUCGAUAUUCCACCCACCUCUCCCCUCCCGGGCGCCGCGAGGAAGCUUGCAACCUGGCUCCCAUCCCCAAAGCCAGGGUGGCCCAGAGCGCAGAACAGCUCCAGAACAGGAGGAUGACCUUGCAUCCAUGGCAUCUAUUCCAUCUACAACCAUCGCUGGGAGAGCUACUCGGAUCAGCGCAAGUCAAUUCGGAGAUCCAGAGAGUUUAGACCCCAAAUACAGGAUGCAGAACGGAAAGAAAUUUUUCGUUCAGGGACGUGUUUUCGCAAUGAUGUACCCAGAACCCAAGGGAGAACACCGGGGUAUCGAUACCGGCCCUGAUGAUUCAAGGUCUGUCAUUACAGGGCGUAGAGGAGAAAAGAUCUUCAGCCAUAUCAAAAGAUUUGUUGUGAUAAAACCUCGCACAGGGCACUGUCUGUGUGUGCCGAUAAAUUCGUAUCGAAAAAAUGGGGUCGGUAAGAAAGGGCUGCCACGGGAUGAGAGAAGCGCGCAUGCCAUUAUCUAUGAUAGUCGGAGAGACCCGCCUGACGCGAUAAUUCCGGGAGAAGAGGAUCUCGUCAAGAAUCCUAUCGCCGUGAACAUCAUGAGUAACAGUGACACACUGGAACCGACAAGCAGGGUCCACUUCGGGAAGAUAUAUACUAUUGAAUGGAACGUCAAGGUCUUUGGCAUUGGACAUAUUGCUAAGGAAUCACUAGACGACGUUCGUACUUAUUGGCGUGACGAGCUGAUAUAG